GAAAUGUCUGGCAGAGGAAAGGGAGGCAAGGGUUUGGGAAAGGGCGGUGCGAAGCGCCACCGCAAGGUUCUCCGAGACAAUAUCCAGGGAAUCACGAAGUCGGCGAUCCGGUGGCCGGUAAGGUGUGGCGGCGUCAAGCAGAUCAGUGGUUUGAUCUACGAGGAGACCCGCGACGUUCUGAAGAUCUUUCUUGAGAAUGUUAUUCAUGAUGCCGUCACCUAUACGGAGCAUGCUCGCCGGAAGACUGUCACAGCCAUGGACGUAGUCUAUGCACUCAAGCGCCAGGGGCGUACCCUUUAUGGCUUUGGCGGGUAA